AUGGACGGAGUAAGCGCAGCAGCAAGCAUCAUCGCUGUGAUCGAGCUGUCAGCGAAAGUCGCAUGUCUUUGCGUCCAAUACUCCUCCGAUGUCAAGAAUGCCAAAGCUGAUAUUGAGCGACUGCAAAGAGAGCUUCAAGGGCUGGGAACAACUCUACAAGGCGCGCGGGAGCUUCUUGAGAGUCCAAACGGCAAGAGCCUUAAAACGUCUCAGGGCUUGGUAGACGGGCUCACCAACUGCUCUUCCCAGCUGACACAGCUACAACUAAGGCUGGAGAAGAAACUUCAUCAUGGGCCUGCGCGUAAGGCCAUGCGCCGGCUCGGAUUUCGCGCUCUUAAGUGGCCCUUCGAUAGCAAAGAGAUCGAUACUAUCAUUAAGAACUUAGAGCGGUAUCGAGGCAUACUAUCUCUGGGUCUCGCCGUCGACCAAGUUACUCAGAUCUUUGAUGUCGACCAGAGAGUCCUAGGUGUCGACCAGAAAGUCCUUGAUGUCGGCCAGAAAUUUGUCCUUUCCCAACUUCCGAUUGCGAACGAUGCAGCCUUCGACUCUCACGCAGACGAGCACGACGCGCGAUGUCACCCCGAAACCCGGACCGACCUCCUCAAGGAUAUAAAAGAAUGGGCUGGAAGUCCAAAAGGCGAAGGCAUCUUCUGGCUAAACGGUAUGGCUGGAACCGGGAAGUCCACCAUAUCACGAACGGUUGCACAAUCUUUUGCAGACCAAGGACUUCUCGGUGCCAGCUUCUUCUUUAAGAGAGGCGAGCGAGACCGGAGCAACGCAGCUCGGCUAUUUACAACCAUUGCAACUCAGCUUACUGUCAAAGAACCUGGUUUGGCAGCGCACAUUAGGGCUGCUAUUGAGGCUGACCCUUCCAUCAUACGCAAGGUGUUAAAGGAGCAGUUUAAGCAGCUGAUCCUGAAGCCAUUGGAAAACUUAGGGGGUAAUUUGGACGGCACCAAAACAAUUGUCCUGGUGAUUGAUGCCCUUGAUGAGUGCGAACGGGAUGAUGAUAUUAAGGUUAUCAUUUCCCUGUUGUCACAAGCAAAGAGUCUGGGUUCAAUACGGCUAAAAGCUUUCCUCACAAGCCGGCCUGAGUUGCCAAUCCGACUUGGCUUCAAAGAGAUCAAGGACAAAUACCAGGAUCUGGUCCUGCAUGAAAUCCCAAAGCCAAUUAUCGAGCACGACAUCGCUACAUAUCUGAACUUCGAGCUUGCAAAAAUCCGUAACGACUAUAAUGCUCUGUCUCCUGGUGGGCGGCAGCUCCCGCACGAUUGGCCUGGUUCCCAGAUUAUUAAGGAUUUAGUCCAGAUGGCUGUUCCGCUUUUUAUCUUUGCAGCGACUGCCUGUCGUUUUAUACGUGACCGGAAAUACGGCGGACCGGAUCGACAACUGGCAAAACUCCUUGCCUACCAGACAAGUCAGCAAUCAAAACUCGACGCUACCUACCUCCCAGUUCUAGAACCCCUUUUUGUCGACCUUACCGAUUUAGAGCACGACUUUUUGAACGAAUUUCAACAGAUUGUCGGCACGAUUGUACUUCUAGCCGAGCCACUUUCAACAACGUCUCUCUCAAAGUUUAUCCAGAUCGAUAGAGAUAUCGUUAUCGACCGGUUAGAUUCUCUCCACUCUGUACUCAACGUACCUACCUCCGCCGAAUCUCCCGUCAGGAUCUUCCACCUGUCAUUCCGUGACUUUCUUGUCGAUCCCGCUAAGGCCAAAGAGCAAAAGACGUAUCCAUUUUGGGUCGAUGAGAAAGCGACGCAUAGGAGGAUUGCAACUAGAUGCCUGGAUCUCCUUUCCGAUUACUUAAAAAAGGACAUCUGCGAUCUGAGAAUGCCUGGAACAGCUCGUGCCGACAUUGAGUCGUCAGUCAUUGACUUACAUUUGCCAUCGGAUGUCCGGUAUGCGUGCCUAUAUUGGGUCUAUCACGUCCAGCAAAGCAGCUCUCGUAUAAGCGAUGAUCAUCAAGUAUACACCUUCCUCGAACGUCAUUUCCUCCACUGGCUGGAAGCGUUAAGUCUCCUUGGGAAAAUAUCUGUAACUAUUGGAAUGAUUAGGGAUUUACAGGGUCUCCUCACUAUCCCACUAUUGCCAAAGGUUGAUUUAGAGUGGAACGCGUGUCUGCAGAUCCUCGAGGGGCAUGGCCUCUCGGUUACAGCGGUAGCGUUCUCGCCGGACGGUACCACACUGGCGUCAGCUUCAGACGAUAAAACGGUACGGCUUUGGGAUGUGGCGACCGGCGAGCACCAGCGGACCCUCGAGGGGCAUGGCCUCUCGGUUAGAGCGGUAGCGUUCUCGCCGGAUGGUACCACACUGGCGUCAGCUUCAUACGAUCAAACGGUACGGCUUUGGGAUGUGGCGACCGGCGAGCACCAGCGGACCCUCGAGGGGCAUGGCGACUGGGUUACAGCGGUAGCGUUCUCGCCGGACGGUACCACACUGGCGUCAGCUUCAGAAGAUCAAACGGUACGGCUUUGGGAUGUGGCGACCGGCGAGCACCAGCGGACCCUCGAGGGGGAUGGCCACUUGGUUACAGCGGUAGCGUUCUCGCCGGAUGGUACCACACUGGCGUCAGCUUCACGCGAUCAAACGGUACGGCUUUGGGAUGUGGCGACCGGCGAGCACCAGCGGACCCUCGAGGGGCAUGGCCACUGGGUUACAGCGGUAGCGUUCUCGCCGGACGGUACCACACUGGCGUCAGCUUCAUACGAUCAAACGGUACGGCUUUGGGAUGUGGCGACUGGUGAGCACCAGCGGACCCUCAAGGGGCAUGGCCUCUCGGUUAGAGCGGUAGCAUUCUCGCCGGACGGUACCACACUGGCGUCAACUUCACACGAUAAAACGGUACGGCUUUGGGAUGUGGCGACCGGCGAGCACCAGCGGACCCUCAAAGGGCAUGGCGACUGGGUUAGAGCGGUAGCGUUCUCGCCGGACGGUACCACACUGGCGUCAGCUUCAGAAGAUCAAACGGUACGGCUUUGGGAUGUGGCGACCGGCGAGCACCAGCGGACCCUCGAGGGGCAUGGCCUCUCGGUUACAGCGGUAGCGUUCUCGCCGGACGGUACCACGCUGGCGUCAGCUUCAAACGAUCAAACGGUACGGCUUUGGGAUGUGGCGACCGGCGAGCACCAGCGGACCCUCGAGGGGCAUGGCCUCUCGGUUACAGCGGUAGCGUUCUCGCCGGACGGUACCACGCUGGCGUCAGCUUCAAACGAUAAAACGGUACGGCUUUGGGAUGUGGCAACCGGCGAGCACCAGCGGACCCUCGAGGGGCAUGGCCUCUCGGUUAGAGAGGUAGCGUUCUCGCCGGACGGUACCACGCUGGCGUCAGCUUCAAACGAUCAAACGGUACGGCUUUGGGAUGUGGCGACCGGCGAGCACCGGCGGACCCUCAAAGGGCAUGGCGACUGGGUUACAGCGGUAGCAUUCUCGCCGGACGGUACCACGCUGGCGUCAGCUUCAGACGAUAAAACGGUACGGCUUUGGGAUGUGGCGACCGGCGAGCACCAGCGGACCCUCGAGGGGCAUGGCCUCUCGGUUACAGCGGUAGCGUUCUCGCCGGACGGUACCACGCUGGCGUCAGCUUCACACGAUAAAACGGUACGGCUUUGGGAUGUGGCGACCGGCGAGCACCAGCGGACCCUCGAGGGGCAUGGCCUCUCGGUUACAGCGGUAGCGUUCUCGCCGGACGGUACCACGCUGGCGUCAGCUUCAAACGAUAAAACGGUACGGCUUUGGGAUGUGGCGACCGGCGAGCACCGGCGGAUCCUCGAAGUACAGGUCACUCCUAGACGUCUAUCAUCGAGGAUUGCUGAGGAUAGCCCCGAGUCCAGCAAAUAA